CUGUAACUGUUGUUACACUCUGUCGUCGUUUUGUCAGCCAUGGUCGAUCCACUGCUGCAAUACUCCACCUCUGGCAACCUGCACCUGAACUGUUUUUUAUCGCUCCCAUCUCCCCGGUUUAUGUCGCACUCUGGGGACUCGUUCCUUGCCAUGGCUGCGCGCUCCGUGAUUUUUCUUGUACAGUAAUGACUCCCUUUCUCAUACAUUCUGUCUCGUGGGUGGCCCCGCCACGGUAAUGUGGAAUUUCCACCCUGACGCGUGCCUCUUCAUGGAGUUCUCCGGUCCACUCCAUGGCCUCCGAGGACGCUGUCCGCUCGCGCCAGGCGAGCGCCGUGGUGGGCGGCGUGCACACGGACGCGUUCUGCUGCGCGUUCGCGGACCGCGUCCUCGUGUUGGUCACGCAACGGCCGCGUCUGGGCCUCCUCGUGAGCCUCGCGGCAGUGGACGGGCCUCCGGGAUCAUCGGAGUCGCCGGCACCGCAGGGGUCGCAAGGGAUACCCCCGACUUGUGACUCGCGGGUACUGCUCGGCAAAGACGAGCCUAUGAGCCACGUGUGCGCGUGGAACGUGGCGGGGCACGUGAGCCGCGAGGCCGGGGGGCGUCCCGUGCUGCUGGCGCUCUCCCUGAGCGGCGACGUCACCCCCGAGCUCGUGCGCGCUCUCCGCGCCAUGGUGGACACGUGCCGCGUGUGGUGACGACGAACUGGAGAACGGGUACAGCCAGGGUCACUCGGGGUCACUCGGGAUUCACGCGACGUUGAAUUUCGCCCCCACGUCUGCUGGAUCCUACCGUAACUGCAAGUCCCGUGCUGUGGAGUCAGACACGCAGUUGUGAAUCAAGACGCUGUCACGCUAAGCGAGCAUCAUGUUGGGUGUGUGUGGGAGAGGGUGUGCAAGCGUUGUAAUUGGUGAAAAUUGCAAGGGGGGGCUUGAGUCUUUCUGGCCUUGUGUCACAGGCUGACUUACUACAAUUACUCGGGGUUGACGUUCACCAUCUCUCACCGUCCAGCCAGUCCACGCGUACCGUUCUUGUGACAAUGCGAAUUGAGAUUUCAAGAGGCAAAAUGCACGACUCGACGUAAUAGAGUGAGCAGCAGUGCUUUGUAAAGUCGCGUCCACAUCCACGCGAUCAGUUAUGCAACCAAAUCGCUGUCAAAAUCGCGCAACUUAAUUGCCUGAAACUGCUUUGUCCACAUCCGACCGAGCAGUCGCGCAACAAGGAAAUUAAACAGCGUUUUCAAGAUUGCAGUUAACCGUGGUUCGCAAGUGUGACGCGAUGGUAUACGUCGCUACAAAUAUCUCAGCAGAUCAAUGCUUGAAAUUGGAGUGUCUCUAGGGCAAGCAACCGGUUGCGCAACCAAUUGCUCAGGUUCAUGGCUGGCUUAAAGAUGAAUGCCACUGAAAGCAGUGCAAGGGAUCACAUGUCAAACUCUUCUCCACGCCGCCCGUGCUGUAGCUGCCCACUCGCAACUCGACACCUGGGUCAUGUCGCCUUGUCUCACACGUGCAAUUACAAAGUUGUGAGCUUUGUUUUCACACCAAAUUGACAAAAGGUUAAUGAUAUCAGACAUAACGACUGUUGUUUACUUGUAAUGCUUUCUGGGCCAGGUUACACGUUGUAAGUGACUUUUGGUCUCGGUGAGCCCUCUGUUUAAAUAAAGAAUGUUUGUAUUAAGAA